AUGACACAGCAGAGAUCUGACCUUGCAGUUGUUCUAUGCCAUGGUUCUUACCUGACUCCGGCUCCUUACGGGCCAUUGCUCAACGCACUUCAGGAGGAAAGCAUUCAAGCCUACUGUCCUCAGCUCCCGACCUGCGACCUCGCAAAGUUGAACGUCGGCGACAUCCACAACCCCGACUUCGACCGAGAGCCCCCCGCUGGAGGCUACCCUCAGGGCAAAGAGGACGCCGAAGCCGUGCUUAACGUGCUGGAGCCUCUCGUCGACCAGGGCAAACGUGUCUUGCUCAUCGCCCACUCUUCUGGAGGCUGGACGGCCACCCAAGUGGCGCGUCUGGAGCUCCAGGCCAAGUCCCGAGCAUUGAACGGACUGGCUGGUGGCAUUAUUGGUAUCCUCUACAUGGGUGCCUUUUUCAUCCCUGUGGGGGAGUCUGUCAAUUCAUUCUUCCAGCCAAAAGACAGCCAGACCCCUGUGACACCACCAUACAUGACUUUUCACAAACACGGUCUUUCGGGGCUCGGGACUAUUGUUGAAGCCGAGAAAUUCUUAUUCACUGGCCUGGACCAAGCCCAGGCAAAAGAAUGGGCGGCGGGCCUGACGGCAUCCCCUAUCUUGACUACGAAACUCACCAAUGACGCCUACUCUGCCCUUCCAUGCGCAUACCUCGUGCUGGAGUACAGUCCCUGCAAAGGGUUGCUUAUAACUGGCGGAUAUUGUGGCUGA